UAUUUGUGUUUUUUUUCAGAUAUUUGCAAUGUUGUGCAGAUUUUCUUUGAGGCCUGCUCUCUGCUUAUAUAACCAGAGUGUUGCAAAUUUUCAUAUUUCUCCAGCCUUUGCCAAUUCUAAAUCUAAUCUGGCUGCUUUACGGAAGAAGACUGGAUACUCGCUUUCUAUUUGCAAAAAAGCUCUCAGUGAGAGUGAGAAUGACCUGCAGCGAGCAGAAGGAUGGCUGAAGGAACAAGCACAGGCUCAGGGCUGGGCAAAGGCUCAGAAAUUGCAGGGUCGAAACACAACCCAAGGCCUUCUAGGCGUUCUAGUUCAGGAGAAUUCUGCUGCAAUGGUGGAACUCAACUGCGAGACAGAUUUUGUGGCGAGAAAUAAGAAAUUUAUAAGUAUAUUGGAAACGUUAGCUAACACUUGUGCCAGUUUACCGGUCUUAGAUACAUCGGAAUCCCUUUCAAGAUCAACUCUUUCCAGUACUGAGGUGGGUUUGUUAAAAACUGAAGAUGACCAGACAAUUGCGGAUUUAGUUGCACUGAAUAUUGGACAAAUCGGUGAAAACAUGGCCUUUGGUGAUGCCGACGUAUUUCACAGUAAAUCAGGAAGCGGAAUAAAGUUGGUGGGUUUAGCGCAUCCUCAAGUUGCAGGGAGCAAAGAGAAGAUUAAAUUUGGACGGUACACGGCAGUUAUGGCGUACACAUCUACCGGGGAAGGAACUCUUCCUGAUGGUUUGACAGAGGAACAUUUAACUUUACAGCUUUGUCAGCACAUCAUCGGAAUGGCUCCUACCUGUAUUAAAGAUGAAGAGGACAAGGAGAAUUCUCUUUAUCAUCAAGUUUUUCUCAUGGAUGAAGAUCUUAAGGUUGGAGACCUGACUGCUGCUGCAGGGAUAAAUAUUAUUAGUUUCUUGAGACGAGAAGUUGGAAGACGGGGUUAAACAAUACAUCCUUCGUCAAGCUUGAAAAAAUAAUGUACAAUUGUCAAUGAUUUGAUCAUUUAGGGCGAUUAUAUAUAGUAUUUGUUUUAAGCAAAGCAAUAAUGCAAAGUUCAGGGGUGUAUAUCUUUAUGGGGAAUCAAAAUCGGAACUCAAAACGCAAGUUUAUUUUUUCUUCUUUUUCUUCAAAAAUUCAUUUAAAAUCAUUGAUUACCCGCCUGUUUUGUGAAGAAAACUUAAAAAAAACUCACAACUUCUGACGUAAAAGAAUGACUUUCAAAAGGAGGUGGGAUGGUUUUCUUCGGGGAAAUAUACACCCCUGGUAAAGGUAACACUUGUUAUUGUGAGAGGAAAUUUAAAUAUGAUUUUAGAGCUUUGGAAAAUGUGAAGAUUGAGAAUUUCAACUUGAAUUUUAUUUCUUAUUUGAUUUUAAAACUUUAUUUCUCUUUUUUCCCUCUAAAUGUUUUUUUAUCAACUCCAAUACUUUACUUUGAACAAGACUUAUUAUUUAAACAUGCAGUUUUUCUGCGUCAUCAAAAAGAAAUUGAAGUCUCGUCUGAAAACGAUCCAAGGUUGGCUUUAUGAGAUGUAUGUAUGCUUGGGUUUAUUUUACCGUGAAGUUAUGUCACAUUGUUGUUACAUUAAUUUAACAUUGUUCAAUUUUUUUUAAUGAACGUUGUAAACAUUUUUUUCA